ACUUUGUUAAUCAGGUAUGUUAGCUCAGAUGCAAAAGACAAGGGACAGGCUUAGUUAAGGUGAAAAUUAACCUUUGUGAAGGACAAAUACUUCCUUAUGGCAAGACUAUCCACCUUACACUGCUUUUAGUUAAAAAGUUUUAAUUUCAGACCACCUUUUGUGGUUACUUUAGGUCUCUGAGUUUGCAAGGCCACCAGGCAGGCCUUCCCUGAGCUUGUCAGGUUUAGCAUGUGGCCCCUUUUUGUCCACACUAAGAAAUAUGUGGCAGGAUUUGAUGACCUAUUUGAAUGUAAGAUUGAGGCAAAGGUACGUAUAGAACUUAUGUGGACUUGUUCUGAGUCAACAAUGGCAUCAUGGUCUCUAGCUGGGCAAGUGGUUAUAGUGUGGGACUGCAGGCAAAUAGGGAAUGCAGGAACAAAACUGGUAUUUUAAGAAAGCUAAUAGGUUCUAUACCUUUCUCUUUUAAAAUUAAUAAACUUCAUUUUUUUGACCAAUUUUAGGUUCAUAGCAAAUACUGAAUGAGAGGUACAGAGAGUUCUCCUACCUCCUAACCCCAUACAUGCACAGCCUCCCCUACUGUGGACAUGCCUCCCUUUAUCUAAAAGAGUGGUUCAUUUAUUAUAAUUGAUGAACCUACACUGACACAUCAUUAUCACCCCAAAUGCGUAGUUAACAUUAGGACUCACUCUUCGUGUAUGAUCUGUGAGUUUGUACAAAUGUACAAUGACACUUAGCAGUUUCACCUGCCCUAAAAAUCCUCUGUGUUCCACUUACUCAUCCCACCUUCUCCCCAACUCCUGGCAUAGAUUCCAUUUCUACAUUGGAACAUACUCUUUUUCAGAAACCUGGAGUGUGGAAGUCAAUGGUGGUCAAAUUUUAAUUAAUUAAUUAAUAACUAAUUAUUAUUUUAAACCAGGGCCCUUUCAUCAAGGAAGCCUUAUUAAGUAAGUCUGAAUGAAGAAGGGCUGCUCUGGUGGAAGGCGACAGACACAAAUGGACAGAGUCUUGUGCUUUGCCUUCCCCCUGAUGUCUAACUCCACCCCGCCAUUCUCUUGUUUCUGUUGUGUCUGAGGCUCUCUGCCAUCUCCAGAAUCCUGAAGAACACAUUUGGAAUCUUGGAAACUGCAUGGUAGUCGAGUUUGGAGCUCAGAGGAUGGGCAGAUUCGAUAACUAAAUCUACAUAGGAAGAAUUUUUGUUCUGCCCAAUGACUGGCUUCAUUAUUCAUGGAUAUCCCCCUGGCUAAUGGACAAUCAGCCUUGUAAGGCAUUUACUUUCCUGGGUGGCUGGAACAAGAGAGUUUGCCAGUCCGUUCCAGGGAUUAGGAGAAAUUCAUCAUGCUUCCCAAUCUGAGUCAUUCACAGUGAUUACCAGAAGAAAAGAAAGACCUGUGACAUCCCUGUAGAGUUUGUACCUGUAAAUCCCUGGAAAAUUACUUGCAGCUUACUUCCCUUAGCCCUUCAGGAAGUGAAUUUCUGUCUAUUCAGUUCCUGUUUGCAUUGGACACUGGCAGUCCACCUCUUAUGCACUCCAGCACCCCCAUCAGCUCUCUCUUUUCCUUCACCAGCCCAGCAGUGAAGAGACUGCUAGGCUGGAAGCAAGGAGAUGAAGAGGAAAAGUGGGCAGAGAAGGCAGUAGACUCUUUAGUGAAGAAGCUAAAGAAGAAGAAAGGAGCCAUGGAUGAGCUGGAGAGGGCUCUCAGUUGUCCAGGGCAGCCCAGCAAAUGUGUUACGAUUCCUCGGUCCUUGGACGGGCGGCUGCAGGUGUCCCACCGCAAGGGUUUGCCUCAUGUUAUUUAUUGCCGAGUGUGGCGUUGGCCUGAUCUCCAGUCUCACCAUGAGUUGAAGCCCCUGGAGUGCUGUGAGUUCCCAUUUGGCUCCAAGCAGAAAGAGGUGUGCAUUAACCCCUAUCACUACUGCCGGGUGGAGAUGCCAGUGCUGCCGCCUGUAUUGGUGCCGAGACACAGUGAAUAUAACCCCCAGCUCAGCCUUCUGGCCAAGUUCCGCAGUGCCUCCCUCUACAGUGAGCCACUCAUGCCGCACAACGCCACUUAUCCUGACUCUUUCCAGCAGCCUCCGUGCUCUGCAUUCCCUCCCUCACCAGGGCAAGCAUUCUUGCAGUCCUCGUGCAUGGCCAGCCACCCUCACUCCCCAGGAAGCCCUUCCGAGCCAGAAAACUCCUAUCAACACUCAGACUUUCGGCCAGUUUGCUACGAGGAGCCACAGCACUGGUGCUCAGUUGCCUACUAUGAACUGAACAACCGAGUUGGUGAGAUGUUCCAGGCUUCCUCCCGAAGUAUACUUAUAGAUGGAUUCACAGACCCUUCAAAUAACAGGAACAGAUUCUGUCUUGGACUUCUUUCUAAUGUAAACAGAAACUCAACAAUAGAAAAUACCAGGAGACAUAUAGGAAAGGGUGUGCAUUUAUAUUACAUUGGGGGAGAGGUCUAUGCUGAGUGUGUGAGUGACAGCAGCAUCUUUGUCCAGAGCCGGAACUGCAAUUAUCAACAUGGUUUCCACCCAGCCACUGUCUGCAAGAUCCCCAGUGGUUGCAGCCUCAAGAUCUUCAACAACCAGCUCUUUGCUCAGCUACUUGCUCAGUCAGUUCACCAUGGAUUUGAAGUCGUCUAUGAGUUAACUAAGAUGUGCACUAUCCGGAUGAGUUUUGUUAAGGGUUGGGGAGCUGAGUACCAUCGCCAGGAUGUCACGAGCACCCCCUGCUGGAUUGAGAUUCAUCUUCAUGGUCCACUGCAGUGGCUGGACAAAGUUCUGACUCAAAUGGGCUCUCCACAUAACCCAAUUUCUUCAGUGUCUUAAGAGGUCUUAAUCCAUGUUUCUAUAGAAUUGAUGCUGUUGCAGGCAGUGGCUUAUAUCAUUUCAGAUUUGCAAUUAACUAAAGUGUCUAAGUAUAUGUGUAAAUACAUAUAAUAUAUACUAUUCAUCUAUUUUGUCACCAUUUAUUUUGUGCUUUCUAGUUAACCUGAUGCCAGUACAAUACAAUUAGGAAAGUAGAUUUUUCAUGACUAUGAUGUAAGAAGCAGCAGCUUCUUCUGUGGGAGGAAACAAACAGAGGCAACUCUGUCAAUAGUAUUUGAAGAGUGUUGGCAGAAUAAAACGCAUCUUUAGUCAGCCAAGUUAUUAUAAGUCAUGUUGCAUGGCCUACCAGAAAAAUACUAAAACUGUUUAUAUAGUAAAAGUCGAGUACUAGCAGCAUUAGAGUAAAUAACACUUUUAGACAAAAUGAGGCAACCAAACCCAUAUAAUUUAAAUGAUUUCACUUUUAGUGCUAUUGGCAAGAAAAAAAAUCAAGCUUGUAUAAUCAAUUAUGUAAGAUAAAACACAUAAGCUUUAUUUCUGAAGUUGAAAUACUUAUAGGUGGACAAUUGUGCGCAUAUUAACGGUUCAUUUUAAACAAAUUUAAACUGUGAUUGGAAAAGAAACAAGCUGUAAAGCUGAAGUCAUGUUGCCUUAUAAUCUACAUCUAUAAAAAAAUGAGGCUGAUGUGGCAAGAUAAAUAUGAAAAUAGCAUGAAAUGAGCUAUAUUCCCAAACUGUAAGACCAGAACUUAGUCUCAAAAUCACCCAUGGAGACUCCUGCUUUCCACAUUGGAAAUGAGGCUCCUGUUCAUGCAGGCAGUCCUGAAGACUUCUGAGUUUGUACAGGGAUCUCCAAGAUCAUGUGUGUAGGUCCUGUGUAAGGAAGAAACAGGUAAAAAAUGAGGGUUGGGCAAAAGCAUCAUAUGUUUACUUAUACCUUCUCACAUUCCCACAUUAAAAGCCUCUACUUGAGGGCCCUUUCCUUGCCUGUUGGCAAAUAUUAACUAUUUAUAGGUUACUAAAACAAUGGUGAAGACUUUGGGGAAAAUUAAGACACAUUGCUGGGAUCAAAUUUAUGAGUUAUUUAACUUAGUGUCUCUGUUGAAUAAAUUAUCUACUGGUCAAAUUUGGUAACUUCUUAUAAAGCUAAAGCCUCAUACCUGGAAAUAACUUUCUAAGUAAAGUGACAAUGAUUUCAUAAUCUCUAUAAUUUCUGGGGAACAGUGGUACAUUUAAAAAACACACAGUAUUAAAAACCUGUUUUUAUUUACCCUUGGAUAAUAAAGAGGAAAAUCCCCCAAAUUUCUAGGUACUGCACUCUCAUACCCACUAAACACUGCAUUGCUUGAAAAAAUAUUUUCCACUUCUUAAAAAUGUAAAAUUUAAGAAGGUAAUUAUGCUUGUAACAGAUGGUAACUUCAGUAAUCCAAGAGGUUUCUUCAUUUAUACAUUCUAUCUCAACUCUUUCUAGCAUUAGUGCACCCAGUUGUUGCUUCUCAUUAAAUUGUAUUCAAGGUAGAAAUGAUCAUGUGAAAAAAAUAUGAGUGAGCUACUACUGUCACCUCUUAUAAUGACUAGUAUUAUCUGAUAUAAGCUUUCAUAUAUAUAACAGAUAAUAAAUAUUACAUUUUACUUGUAGACUAGGUGGCCCAUUUAGUGUUUAGAAAACCCUGUAGUUUAUUGUUUCAUCAACUAUGUAUUGUGCACCUGCAUGUGUCAGGUACAAUGUUAGGUGCUGUGGAACAAAUGUAAACAAGAGACAGCCCAGCCCUCUGGGACUGAGAGUCUGAUAGCAAAUCUGUUUGUGUAGACAUCUUCAUGUUUCAGAACUUGCAAAAUGUGCCAUCUUUCUUAGCUUAAGAAAAUGUAUUGAUUUCUUAAUUAUCUUUUUUUGAAACUUAUUUCCCUUCUCUUCUGAGCAAUCAGGUAAUGGAUGAAGGCUUCUUUGGAUAAAUGCUACUUUUCUUCUAUGUCUCAAAGUAUUUUUUCUCCUCCUGUUGCUUCUAUUUUCUAUUAAUUUUCCAUCUCCCUUUUUUCUUGGAAAGGGCAUUAAUAUAGUGAAUCUUCCUCAGAUGAGUAUCAUUCCAUGAGAGAGCAGCAAGUACACCACAUGGUUUUUGAUCCAGGGAUCAAACAUAGCUUUCUUGAUCAUAAUUAUCCUUUGAUAAUCUUAUACCUUUACAGAAUUAAUCAGAACUGCUUAUUUGUAAACAACAUUUUAAAAACUUUUAUUUUCAUAUAGCUUUGGGAAACCAGGACAAAAUAUUCCAGUGAACCUAAAUUAUUUAUUUGAAAAAUAAAUUAUUAAAAUGAUACAUAUGGAUCAUCAUCAGUCAUGUCUCACCAAAAGCUUUUAUUAGGAUAUGUGUGAAAUUUAGAAAAUUUACAAUUGAUGAGAAGUUAACCCUUCAGUCAUUGUAACAUAGUCACAUUUUAAUCAGCCUUUAAAAUUAUUUUCUGGUAAUAGUUGUCAAAAGCUGUAGUACGGUAUUUUAUUUUAGACUUACAAAUGUGCUCAUUUGCAUUAAUUCCUUUAGGUAGACAGUACAAAAAAAUGUAAUAGCAUUCUUUUAUAGGAUAACUAGCAAAGUAGACAUGCUAAGCCAGUGAAUGCAUCACUGAUGCUAAACAUAACAUGUUCAGCAUUGCCAUGGACAAGGGUUGCGCAAUAGAGAAUAAUAACAUUUUGGCUCACAAGACCCAGAACUUUAUCCUGUUGUUUCAGCCUGUUUUUGUUUGUUUGUUUGUUUGUUUGUUUGGGGGGGAAGGGGUUUCUUGUUAAAAAAAAUUGAGAUGUAAAAAGUGUUAGUUAGAUGAUCUUUUAAUGUCUUCUAGUGCUUUGGAACUAUAAUGAUGUCACUGUUCAACACACUGACUGUAUGUUUUGGGUUUUUUUACACUCAAUAUAAGUCAGGAAAAGCUGGGAUACAACCUAGCAUUUAGAAUUCCCUUUUCAUUGUCUUCUAAGGAACUGAACACCCUAUAACAAAAACACAAGCAUUUUAUAAAUAUCACUUGCUAGACUUUAAGCACCUGCUUAACUUUAACGUGUCCUGAAUAUUUGUUAUGUAUAUUUAGUAAAUAAAGCAAAAUAUAACAUGCAUACCAAAUUUUGUCUUUCCCUGUUAUAAUUUAACAGCUUUCAAGAUUAGGUGAUCCUGGCAUAUGUUAAGGAUAAGUUCAAAUUAAUGUAAAACACAAAAAAAACUACUUCUAUUUAAGUCAUGUUUUUUAUUAUAAUACCUAGGUUUCAACUAUCCUUCAAAUGCACACUUGUACUGUUAUCUGAUUAUUUAUAAUAAAGAAUACUGUACCUUCA